AUGCAUGAACACGGGAAUGAAUAUACAAGACAUUACGGGCCUAUCAAACUUGAUGAUUACAGAGGGAAUAGAACUGAUACAGUUAAGCCCAAGAUUGAAGGUCAGUAUAGUGACGCAACAUAUACCAUGACUCCAAAUGAAUUUAGAAAAUAUGACUAUAGAGAACAACAAACAAUGGAAGAAGAAAGAGUAAGGUUGGAGACAGAAAGAGAAAGGAUACUCUUACAAAGAUUAUACGAACAAAACAGACAAAUAGAGUACCAGAGAGAAAUCAAAGAACAAGAAGAAAGGCAGAUAGCAGAAAGAGUUCGUAGAUUGCAAAUAGCAAAGGACGAAUUGAAUCAGAAGAGAGUUGAAAGAGAAAGACUUGAAAAGGAAAUUCAGAAAAAGAUGGAGCUCGAAAGGCUUAGAACACAGAAGAUUUUGUUACUAAAGGGCCAGGAAGAAGAAUUAUCAGACAAACGUAGAGCAGAUACAGAUAGAAAAGAAUAUAUUCAGGAUAACACAGCGAGUCAAGUCAGACAAUUUCCAACAUUAGACAGAAACAUUAACCAAAGUGGGUUUGGAAAACCAAAAAUUCCUCCAUUUGAUGGAAGUGACUUCAAAGUUUGGAAGAUAGAGGUCGAAUGCAUCAUUAAGAGUAGACUGUAUCCGGAGUAUUUGAUUGCUCAGACAAUGAGAAAUUCACUAAAGGGUCAGACUAGAAAAGUUCUUCUGACAAUAGAUCCAAUGGCUGAUUCUACAGUAAUACUGAAGAAACUAGAAGAUAUAUAUGGCACUACACAGACUGAAGAUUCAAUCAUGCAGGAUUUCUUCAAUGCUAAGCAAGAAGACAAAGAGACCACAUCUGACUGGGCUUUAAGAUUAGAAACGAUUAUGCAGUUGGCAGUAGAGACCGGUGAAAUACCUGAAAGAAAAAAGAAUGCCUUAUUGAAACAAAGAUUUUGGAAGGGUUUAAAAAGUGAAAAGCUCCGAAAUAAUACGAGAGUAACAUACGAAUCUGACUCAACAUUCGAAGUGUUACGGAAGAAAGCUAGAGUUGAAGAAGAUGAAAUAAAACGAACGUCAGCUGAUGCAAGAAGUAUGAAGCCAGUCAACACACAGAAUACAGAACUAGAUGCUAACAAAGAAAUACAAACUGGUCAGAAAGAUGAAAUACAAUUACAACAACAGAAUAUGAAAUCAGCUUCAUAUUAA